AUGGACCUGGAUAAAUCCUCCGUCUGGGGCUCCUUCAAACAGCGGACCAGGCCUCUGCUGCUCAACCUGAGCAAGAAGAAGGCAAAGAAGCACCAGGACAAACCCCUGGGCUUACGGGAGCCGCACCAUCAUCAUCAUCACCUCGAUCGCCGGCUCAGCCUCUCGGUCCCCGACCUCCUGGAGGCCCAGGCCUUGGCCCCGGAGGGCGGGCCGUACUCCGGGGCCCAGUCGUCCUACACCUCCGUGCCCAGCAGCCUGUCCACGGCCGGGAUCGCGCCCGGGAGCUGCAGCGGCUCCUUGAAGCAGUCGGAAGAGGAGCUGGACUGGAGCCAGGAAGAGGCAGGCCACCUGCAGGCGGCGGACACAGACCCGGAGGAGACAUACGCCUCGCCAGCCGCCGGCCGAAGGGCUUCCAGCAAUGGCCUCUACGACCUGCUGCCCCCGGGGGAGGAUGCUCCGGAGGAGCCCGAGAAGCUCUGUGGCAGUGGCGAUCUGAGCACGUCUAUGACGUCCCAGCAGUUUGAAGAACAGUCUACCCUCGGGGAAGCCAGCGACGGCCUGAGCAACCUGCCCAGCCCCUUCGCCUACCUCCUCACCAUCCACCUGAAGGAGGGCCGGAACCUGGUCAUCCGGGACCGCUGUGGGACCAGCGACCCCUACGUGAAGUUCAAGCUGAAUGGCAAGACGCUGUACAAAAGCAAAGUCAUCUACAAGAACCUGAACCCGGUCUGGGACGAGAUGGUCGUCCUGCCCAUCCAGAGCCUCGAUCAGAAGCUCCGCGUGAAGGUAUACGACCGAGAUUUGACGACAUCUGAUUUCAUGGGCUCUGCGUUUGUCAAUCUCAACGAACUCGAGCUGAACAGAACAACUGAACAUAUUUUAAAGUUGGAAGAUCCAAACAGCUUAGAAGAUGACAUGGGUGUGAUCGUGUUAAAUCUGAACCUCGUAGUAAAACAGGGUGACUUCAAGAGGCACCGCUGGACAAACCGGAAGCGGUUAAGCGCAGGCAAGUCCUCGCUGAUGCGCAGCCUGCGGCUCUCGGAGGCCCUGAGGAAGAACCAGCUCUGGAACGGCAUCGUGAGCAUCGCGCUGCUGGAGGGAAAGAACGUGUCGGUGGGAAACGUGGCCGAGAUGUUCGUCCUCUUAAAGCUGGGGGAGCAGAGGUACAAGAGCAAGACACUGUGUAAGAGUGCACAUCCACAGUGGCGGGAAGAGUUUGACUUUCACUACUUCUCUGACAGGAUGGGCAUCUUGGACAUUGAGGUCUGGGGAAAGGACGGCAAAAAGCACGAGGAGCGACUGGGCACGUGUAAAGUGGACAUCGCCUCGCUCCCGCUCAAGCAGGCCAACUGCCUGGAGCUGCCCCUGGACAGCUGCCUGGGCGCCCUCCUGCUGCUCAUCACGCUCACCCCCUGCGCGGGGGUCUCCGUGUCCGACCUGUGUGUGUGCCCCUUGGCGGACCCCGGCGAAAGGAAGCAGAUCGCCCAGCGCUACGGCCUGCAGAACAGCCUGAGAGACAUGAAGGAUAUCGGUAUUUUACAAGUGAAGGUUUUAAAGGCCGUGGACCUCUUAGCUGCUGACUUCUCUGGAAAGAGCGACCCUUUCUGCUUGUUGGAGUUGGGCAAUGACCGGCUUCAGACGCACACCAUCUACAAAACCCUCAACCCCGAGUGGAACAAAGUGUUCACCUUCCCCGUUAAGGAUGUCCAUGAUGCUUUGGAAGUGACCGUGUUUGAUGAAGAUGGAGACAAACCCCCGGAUUUUCUUGGAAAAGUCUCCAUUCCCUUGCUGUCUAUUCGAGAUGGACAAACGAAUUGCUACGUGUUAAAGAAUAAAGAUUUAGAAGUUGCUUUUAAAGGAGUCAUUUACUUGGAGAUGGAGCUUAUCUAUAAUGCGGUCAAAGCCAGCAUCAGGACCUUCACGCCCCGGGAGAAGCGCUUUGUUGAAGACAGCCGCAAGCUGUCCAAAAAGAUCUUGUCCAGAGACGUGGACCGGGUGCGGAGGCUCACCAUGGCGAUAUGGAAUUCGCUCCAGUUCCUCAAGAGCUGCUUUGAGUGGGAGUCCACGCUGAGGAGCGCCGUGGCUUUUGUGGUGUUCGUGGUCACCGUGUGGAACUUUGAGCUGUACAUGGUCCCCCUGGCACUGCUGCUGCUCUUUGCCUACAACUUCCUCGAACCCGUGAAAGGAAAGGGGAGCGGCGCCCAUGACUGCCAGGAGAGCACGGAAGUCGAGGAUGAGGAAGACGAAGAUGACAAGGAAUCUGAGAAGAAGGGCAUCAUCCAGAGGAUCUACAUGGUUCAGGAUAUCGUUUCCACGGUUCAGAACAUCUUGGAGGAAGUAGCUUCCUUUGGAGAAAGAAUUAAAAACACGUUUAACUGGACGGUCCCGUUCCUCUCCUUCCUGGCCUGUCUGAUACUGGCGGCUGCCACCAUCACGUUGUACUUCGUCCCGUUCCGGUACAUUGUUUUAAUCUGGGGCAUCAACAAAUUCACAAAGAAGUUCCGAAACCCCUAUGCCAUCGACAACAACGAGCUGCUGGACUUCCUCUCCCGGGUGCCUUCGGAUGUUCAGAAGGUGCAGUUCGCCGAGCUGCAGCCCAGCGGCGGCCAGAGCCCCCUUCGCAAGAAGCGCAGCGUGCCCUAG